UCCGGUUUACAAAGACACGUAAGAAUUUCAAAAUUCGUUGUACAUUUUACCGAAAACCAUCUGUUCUAGAUCGAAAUCAUGCAAUUGCAUUAGAAUUUUAGAUAGAGUACAUAUUCUUAAUCCAACAAAACAGUUACAUUAACGAAUAGGUAAAGAAUGGAAGCACUUUACCAUCAAACAAACCGUAUGGUCCAUGAUGUUCAAAAUGGACUUGGGAGAUUGGAGAGGGCCAAAGGAGAUGACAUCCAUAUAGUGGAAAAUGAAGUACAGGCUCGUAUUGAUGCAAUUGUUAGUAACUGUGAGAGGUUAGAAUCACUUGUAAAUAAGGAGCCUCCAACAAGAAGAGCUAAUGCCAAACUUAGAGUUGAUCAACUGAAAUAUGACUGCCAGCACCUGCAAGCAGCUGUAAGAAAUUUACAACACAAAAGGUAUCAGCGUGAAGAAGAGGAGCGUGAGAGAGAAGCUCUAUUAUCCCAUAGAUUUACAACCAAUGAUGCUGAUCAGGCCACAGCUAUACAAAUGGACCAUGAUUUACAACAUAACACACGUCUCCAUAGUGCACACAGGGGUAUGGACGAAAUGUUAGACACUGGCUCAAAUGUUAUAUCCAGCUUACGGGAUCAGAGAUCUACACUUAAAGGAGCACAUAAGAAGAUUCUCGAUGUAGCUAAUACGCUUGGUUUGAGUAACACUGUAAUGCGAAUGAUUGAAAAAAGAGCCUAUGUAGAUCGAUUUAUUUUAUAUGGAGGCAUGAUUUUUACCUGUAUUAUAAUGUUCUUAAUCUGGAAGUAUUUCUCAUAGUAUUAUUUUUCCAUAGAUUUUGUAUCCUUCAGUCUAAUCUAACAUUCUAUUUGAGUUCAUUCACAGUAUGCAUUUGAGACAUGUGUUUCCUCAUUGUCAACAGGCAGUCACUUUUUAUGUUAUAGUCCAUUUUUUGUGACGGCAGCUCGGAGUUUGGCGUCUGUAACAAAUGGCAGAUGAUGACAUUUUGUAUGUUAAUGCCUUAUUUAUUUGGUCAUGUGACAUGAGGAACCACCGAUCUGUAAAAAAAGCUAAAAUAAAAGUGAACAUGAUCUGAUGCCAUUAUUU